AUGGGAUCUGUAUUUAAUCCAUCCAUGGGAGAUGGCUUCACUGUACUGGAGAACAGAGAAGGAAGUAAUGAUAAUAACAACAACGCCUCCGCUGUUUUCUUCCCACAGCAGCAGAGAGAACAACAACGCGUGGAUGAACACACGGCGCCCUUCACCGGCGAUGAUGUGCGGGCCUCUUUAGGGCGAAUGGGUGCGAAUCCUUCUAUCCAUACUCGUCACUAUCCACAUCCACACAAGGAAAAAGAAGAAUAUGAUGAUAGUGAUGAUAGUGAUAGUGAUAAUAAUAAUAAUAAUAAUAAUAAUAAUAAUAAUAAUAAUAAUAAUAAUAAUAAUAAUAAUAAAGUGGAAAUGAAGGAACAGGCAACUCCAAUGAAAGUACGACUUCUUCUUCAAUUUGAAGAUGGCAGUAGUCAUGAAUGGGAAAAUAUGAAUCAAAUGGGAGAAGUGGUAUUAGCUCUUCGUGAAAUGAUGGGAGAAGAUACGCAUCGUGAUCAUCAUAUGGGUUCACUUCGUAUACAGGAGAAAUCUAUCUCUGUAUCUAUGCAAUCUCAUCCCAACUCUACAAGGAGUCUUUUACCUCGUAAAGAUAUUCCUCUUUCAUUCUUUUGGAUUGAUAUAACGGGAACACCAAAAUCAUAUGAUUUGGAUGUUCUCUUUACAUUAUUAAAUGUACACUCCAGCACACAAACAAAGUGGAGAACAGAAGCUGGUAUACAUACAUCCUCCUCAUCUGAAGAAGAAGAAGAAGAAGAGGAUUCCUCUUUAGGUGUGGAAAAGCAAGCAGAAACAGAGAAUAUGGAGAUGUGGACAUCUUUAGAAGAUGUAAGUGUAUCUGGGGAAUUAGAUCAAUUACAGACAUUUGUGAAGGAACAGUAUAUCCAACUUCAGAUUGCUGUUAUUCCAGAAAGUACCCCUCAUGUUACUACACCAUCUCUACAAUCACAAUCACAACAACAAGGAAGAGAACCAACACGUGAGUGCUGUACGACAAAUCCAACAGCAGAGAUGCCGGAUCGUUUACAUGCCACUCUCUUUGAUGUGGAUGAUGAACGGGAUUUAUCUUCAUUGUUGUUAUUAUGUUUUCGUGAUGGGAUGGUAACAUGGCGGCCCACUGCAGCGAUUGUGGGUUGGUCCUAUAUUCCCCGUGCACUACAACGACACAGUGCGAAUAAUAAUAAAUAUCAAUAUCACUCUUUACCCACACACGGUAAAUAUGAGAAUAAUAAUAAUAAUAAUAAUAAUAAUAAUAAUAAUAAUAAUAAUAAUAAUAAUAAUAAUAAUAAUCCUCAACGUCCACACUCUUCGUCUGUACACAAUCCCUGCGGUCCACUCACUCCAUCCUUAUUACUACAUGUAUUAUUAGAUGAGGUGUGUGAGGCAUUUCUACCAGAUCCUGCAGUGGUAUUAGAUGAAGUAGAGGCCAUUGAUGCUGUACUUCCACUGUUGCGACACCGUGAAUCUGAUCAAUCAGAUGCCUUGCGUAGAGUAUUAUUACUACGCCGUGCACUCUCUGUACAUAGGCGAUUGUUACUUAGUAAAGUAAAUCUACUGGAGCAACUGGGAAGGCCAGUGAUGCGGACACUUCUACCAUUUGUAACGGCAGAUAUGAAGAAUCAUCCACAUAAUCAUAAUAAUAAUAAUAAUAAUAAUAAUAAUAAUAAUGGGGGAGUAUUGCAACAGAAAAAUAUGUUUUCACCCAAUAAAGCUGAACAAGGAAUAUCAUCCAGUGGUGUAUUCGGACCACUGGCAGAAGCUCAUAAUUACACAAGUGUUUCUAUUGCAGAACGUAUUCUUCAUCUUUUACGACAAUUGGAUGGUGUACGUACUGUAUUGGGUAAUGCCACUAUUAUUUACACCUCUGGAGUGGCAACACAAAAUAACAACAGUAGUAAUCAGUCAGACUAUCGUAUGGUGGUAUUACAGUAUAUACUGAUCAUUGUUCUCCCACUUACCAUUGUUGCUUCACAGUGGGGAAUGAAUUGUUUUGUACCUUGGCAACAUGAGGACUCCACUAUACCCUUUUGGGGUUUAACGGGUGGAAUGGGAGUAUAUGCAGCUUUAUUGCUUGCCUACCCAACAUAUUGUUGGGCUAUUGGUAAACCAGAUAAACUCGUUUUCUAA